CUCAAUAGUGUCGCAGCCUUGAGCAAAAUGGAUACUGUAAUGUUAUCUUCUUCCUCUCAACUCAUGGCUCUCCAUCGCCUGCUCCGACCCGGACCCGCUCCAAUCCUCUCUUUCUCCUUCCUUAAUCAACACCUCUCUCUUCCCCAUCAAACGACGUCGCUUCAUCCCAUCACCAAUAAUUCUCCUUCCUUCUUCCCUUCUCUCCAUACCCCUUCACCCCUCUUCCUUCGUUCUACAACUUUCUCGAACCUUCCAGUUAACUCUACUUCUCAAUCCCUCUUGGUUGAGGAUGUUGAUGACGUGGAAAUUGCAAAAGAAAAUGGACAAGUUAUUGCUUCAAGGCCUAGUGAGUCAGAGACAAAAAUAUUACGGGCGAAAUUACCGAGCCUAACAGUAAAGGAGAAAAAAGAAUUGGCAUCGUAUGCACAUAGUUUAGGGAAGAAGUUAAAGAGUCAACAAGUUGGAAAAUCUGGUGUUACUGAUAAUGUGGUAUUUGCUUUGGAUGAGACUCUUGAAUCUAAGGAGUUUCUCAAGCUCAAAAUACAUGGUACCUGUCCUGGAGGAGAGCUUGAUGAUGUUGUAAAGCACUUAGAGGAAGCAACUGGCUCAGUGGUUAUUAGUCAGAUUGGUAGGACUGUGAUUCUCUACCGUCCAAGCCUGACAAAAAUGAAAGCUGAAGAGAAGAAGAAACAGAAUCAAAUUCUUUUUAUGAGAAAACAAAAACAAUACGCAGAGAGACGAUCAUCUCAGAGUAAAGGAGAGGUACCAAGACCAUAUGCUCGUGGUCGCCGAGGAAGUAGCAGUGUGUGAUUUUUCAUUGUGGCUCAUUUCUUCAUUUCCUUACCACAGUAGCCACCACAGUGCUCCGAUGGCUCGGUUAAAGUUCCAAGUAUUCCUUUGGAUGGGCGCACAUAUAUUUCAGUCUGAAGAUGAAGAUCCGAGGAGGAAAGACUUUGCAUUUGAUAUAUCUUAGUAGAAGAAAUUUAUAUAAGAGAAGUUUGCAUUUGUAGCUUUUGUAAUUUUGGUGAGAUGGUGGAAGAUCAAGAAGAAAGAAAUUGCCAAUCUUGACUAGUGCAGAAAUAGCGGACUUCAUUCAUGGGCCCUUGAUGCCUUAAAUUUACACCUUCGUAAUCAUAGUUCUGACUAAUUGUGGUCACUACACUGGGCAAUGCCCUUUU